UUUUUUGGCCCGAUCCGCCAUUACAUUUUUGAGUUUACGUAAAUUGGUCGUGCACAAACGCGCGUUAUCAGUGACACAAUUAUAUUGUAUAAGUGCGUCGUAUCGCAGUGUUUCAUUGGAACAAAGAGAAGCGACGUUCAAUCGUAUGUCCAUCCAGAAUCUGAACACAUUCGACCCAUUCGCCGAUGCUAUCAAAAGCUCGGAAGACGACGUCCAAGAUGGUUUAGUGCAUGUCCGGAUCCAGCAACGGAGCGGGCGUAAGACGCUAACUACCGUUCAAGGCUUGUCCUCGGAGUAUGACUUGAAGAAAAUAGUGCGGGCAUGCAAGAAGGAGUUUGCCUGCAACGGCACCGUUGUGGAGCACCCGGAGUACGGCGAGGUGCUUCAGCUGCAGGGCGACCAGCGCGAGAACAUUUGCCAGUGGCUCACGAAGUCGGGUCUAGUUAAACCUGACCAGUUGAAGGUGCACGGCUUCUAAGCCCGUGGUAUUAUGAAAAUCAUUAUAGACAUGUCAAUGAGAGCGCGCGCGUUAUAACAAUUGGAAUAUGUAUUUAGAGAGCACCGACGUUUACAGAGAAAGGAUUGGGAGGCCAAGCAGGCCUCCGCCCCGUGCCUUCAGAAACUCCCAUGUAUAGUGUAUCGGCGCCGUCUCCUCUUUAGUUGCAAUUAACGCCGAACCAAAUAGUAUAAAUCACUUUUUUUUUACGACAUUGUAUUUUUAAAUUUCUGUAAUGAUUGAAUUAAUAAAUAUGUUUUUGUA